CCAUGUGGGGUGGGCGCCGAUCCUGCGUCGCCGCCUCCGGGAAGGCCUCCUCACUCCUGCAGCUGCUGCUGGCCGCGCUGCUGACGGCGGGGGCGCGCGCCAGCGGCGAGUACUGCCACGGCUGGCUGGACGCGCAGGGCGUCUGGCGCCUGGGCUUCCAGUGCCCCGAGCGCUUCGACGGCGGCGACGCCACCAUCUGCUGCGGCAGCUGCGCCCUGCGCUACUGCUGCUCCAGCGCCGACGCGCGCCUGGACCAGGGCGGCUGCGACAACGACCGCCAACAGGGAGCUGGCGAGCCCGGACGGGCGGACAAAGACAGCCCGGAUGGCUCUGCAGUCCCCAUCUACGUGCCGUUCCUGAUCGUCGGCUCUGUGUUUGUCGCCUUCAUUAUCUUGGGCUCCUUGGUGGCUGCUUGUUGCUGCAGAUGCCUCCGGCCUAAGCAGGAGCCCCAGCAGAGCCGGGCCUCAGGGGGGACCCGCUUGAUGGAGACCAUCCCCAUGAUCCCCAGUGCCAGCACCUCCCGAGGCUCUUCCUCCCGCCAAUCUAGCACAGCGGCCAGCUCCAGCUCCAGCGCCAACUCAGGGGCCCGGGCACCCCCAACGAGGUCCCAGACCAACUGCUGCUUACCGGAGGGAGCCAUGAACAACGUGUAUGUCAACAUGCCCACGAAUUUCUCCGUGCUGAACUGCCAACAGGCCACCCAGAUCGUGCCCCACCAAGGGCAGUACCUGCACCCCCCCUACGUGGGCUACACUGUGCAGCAUGAGGCGGUGCCCAUGACCCCAGUGCCACCCUUCAUGGAUGGCCUGCAGACUAGUUACCGCCAGGUCCAGGCCCCCUUCCCUGCCACCAACAGUGAGCAGAAGAUGUACCCAGCUGUGACCGUGUGACUCAAGGGGCAGGUGGGGCUCGGACCCCCUUUUCCUGAUUUGGGAAAGUGGGGAGGAUUCUCCACCAGGAAGAGUCCGCUCUCAUCUGUGAUGUUCACAGCAUGAUUCCUUUGGGCUUCAUUUGCCCCCAGCCUGCCUGAAAACAUCACUUUCUGCAUUAGUGUUUCUGGAUCUGUUUCAUAUUCUCCUCGGGCAUGACUGGUUUGUGAUGGAGAUGCCCAUUGCCUGAAGUUUUCUGUGUUAUUUCUGAUGUUGUUCAACAGAUAUGCUUGAACCUUUAAGUGCCCUUGAGGUAUGACUGUCAAAACAAUUUUGUAAACUGAUUAAGGGUUUUUAUUCUCUCAUUAUUAUUUCUUUUUGCUUUUUUACUGUACAAGACUAGAACUCUCCUUCUCCCACCUCCUUUUUUUUUUCCUGGAACAAUUUUUUUUCUUUUAGUAAAGCACCCAAAGUUCAGGGGAAGACAUAAAGAAUGCAAAUAGUAGAAAAGGAAAUUCAGUUUUAACUCUAUGAGAUUAGUCUUUGAUCUCAGAAUGUCACAGGCACAUCUUAAUUGCAUUGUAGCGUAUAUAUAUAUAUAUAUAUAUAUUGCCUAUUUUGUGUGCUUCUUGGGGUGUAUUUUGUGCUUUAAAAAAACUUGGUGUAGAGAUCUUAUUAUAAAAUGAUUUUCUACAUUGCAAAGAUACUGAGAGAUUGUAUAAGUACUUAAGUAAUAUGACAUUUUCAAACUCUGGGAUGAUUUCAGUCUUGAAGUAGUAGGUGGUGUAGUAAUAAAACAGAGCACCACCGUCUUGACUGUUGCUUCCAAUUUUCUCUUUUAUAGCGACAUCUGGGAAGAAGUAAUUUGAUGUUUUGUUUUUUUAUUUUUAAAUAUUGCAAACAUAAGCUAAUCUGCAGUUUCUUCAGCUUCUAAUCUGCCCAUGUGGUGGAGUGUGGCAUUUCGUUCUGCUUAGUGUUCAGAUACUUAUGUCAGGACUCAGCACUGUAUAGUACAGUAAUUCUGGUUGUUAUAAAUGAAGAUCAUCAUUUCAGCUUAGAUCCAAUGAUAGUAUUUUCUUGUUUUUCUCUAUAAAAUUUAAAGGAAUGUUUACAUAAUUUUAGUAGAGUUCUUCAGCAGUAAUCUGAGACUUGGGAUGAUAUUUAAGCCACAAAUACAAUUUGCUCUACAAAUCAUGAGGCUUUUUAUACUUUCAUUAUCAAAAAAAAAUGUUCCGGCAGUAGGGACUCUUUUAUUAAAGAAAAAUGCUUUGCAAAGAAAUAUUGCCUUUCUGCCCCUGCAAAGUUCAUUCAUAUUUUCCUCUCCUUUGGAGUCCUCACAAAAUACUGCAUCCAUUAGAGUGUUCUAAAUUAUAAAAUUUAAGUGGAUUUGUGUAUUGUCAGCUUAAAUUUAAGUAUGUGCAAGUGAAUUUCCAACUGCUAGCAAAACCAGUGUUUCUAAUUUAACAAACAGUUGCAACUGUGGUCUGAGAUAUUUUACACAUAUAUAUCUAUAUAUGUAUAUAUAGAUAUAUAGUCUUUCUAUCUAACUUUCAUCUAUCUGUCUUGUGACUGAAUAAUGUAAACCUAUUGUUGGCAAUUGAUAUCAACAAAGAUAAUCACUUUUUAAAAAUAACCAAAGGCAGGGGGAAAUCAUUUUACUUAAUAAAUAUUUUAUGGUAUGAAUUCCUAGGGUACUUGGGUUUUUAUUCAUUUUUAUUCGACUUGGCAUUGAUGUAUAAUUCAGAUUGUCUAUUAUAAUAAUUCCAGCAGUCUAUUAUAUAAUAGAGUAAAAUUCCUUAAAAAAAUCACAAUUAUUGCUUUCUAGAACCAAGAGCCUAUCUUUAAAAGUAAGCAAUAUCUGGGAAGUUGCAAUGUAUGUUCUGUGUGUCAGCUUUAUUUUAUCUAUUCCAUGAGAACUAUUGAAAACCUCAAUGAGACUGUUCUUUUGGGAUUACCAGUGCAUUUACAGGUUAGUGUGUGUUCCAUUUAUUUUCCUUGGUGGGUGAUUCUGACUUAUCUGAGAAGUAAAAUUUCUAGGAACCUUGAGGUAAAAGGGACCCUAGAGAUCACCCAGCCUAUGGAUAAGCCAAUUUAAUUUUUCUUUGGUAAAAUGCCAGAGUAAGUACCUUAGGCUUUGCAUGCUGUGUACUCUCUAGCCACUGGAGCACAGGAAUAGUUUGGAAGCUACGUGAACAAAUGAGCAUGGGCCAUAUUCCAAUAAAAGCUUAUAGGAGGAAUCUGACAUUUGAAUUUCAUAGUUUUCACAUUUCCCAAGAUAUUCUACUUUCCAUUUCCCCCCACACAUUUCACACUAUAAAGACUAAGCUCUAGAGUUGUUUAAAAACAAAAAAGAGACAGGUAGGGGGGCCAGGUUUGGCCACUGGGCCACAGUUUGCUAAUUCCUCAUCUUGUCUGCUCUGACCACACAGGAGUCCUUUGCCACAUUAUUGAAGCCUUUUUAGAGCCAGAAAGAUGAGUGCUUUGGGUUCUCUUGUACAGAGACAAUUAUAUACU